GAUUUUAUCCUUGCCGGAGGUGGGGGGUGGGGGGUGCGAUGACGGAGGCUGAGGGCAGGUUUAUAGGGAACAGCAACUGGAUGGACCUGCAAAUUCCACCCAGGGAUAUUGUCUCCACUCACAGCUACAAGAGGUGCAACCAUGAAGCUGGUGUUGGCUGUUGCGGUCCUCCUGAUGACUUUGUCUGCGGUGGUGACAGACUCCAAUGAAGACGGUGAGAAAGAGCCCACCAUGGCCCAGAAGUUUGAGAAGUAUCAGAAGGAGGUCCAGACGUUUGUUGAUAACCUUGGGGAGAAGGCAAAAGCUGCUUUUCUUGAAUUCCACAACAGCGAAUUCAGCAACAAAACCAGGAAAUGGCUUUCCGAGACUUUCCAGAAGUUGAAGAAAAAGUUUGAACCCAUGACCUCCCAAGACGGAUCCGACUGAAUGUUCCCUCCAUUCCACGAGCGAUAGAGAAAGAGGGUCGUGUAAUCCCAACUGUAGCAGUGAAAAAAGAAACAUCUUUUUUCCCGACUUUCAUGUUCUGCUUUCUUUGUCUACGGCUGUUGUUACUUCCAACCAAUGGUUGUUAGACGUAAAUAAAGAGAAAAAAAUUAA